AAUAUUUGCUACACCUGUCUCUAAACUAUUUGCUGGAAUAAGUAUAAUCGAUUUCUAUCAACUUCCACCUAUAAGAAAAAAAACAGUAUUUGAAAAUUUCCACAAUGAAACAUUUAACCUGUGUCAUCCAUGGCAUCUUUUUCAGAGCUUAUUGAUAACAUGCGCUCAAAAGAUGACCAACCAUUUGUUGAAAUGCUWAACAGAUUUCGUACAGCUAACCAAACUGAAGAAGACAUUAAGCAGAUACAAUCAAGAUCAAUAGACCCAGAGGAUGAAAAUUAUCCAUCAGAUGCCAUACAUAUUUAUGCUGAAAAUAGACCAGUUGAUAAGCACAACAAUAAAAAAUUAGCUGAACUACCUGGAACAAUGUUUAAUCUUAGAGCAACAGAUCAGUAUCCACCACAUGUCUCUCAAACAGACAUUGAUAAAGUAUUAUCAAGAGGUCGUUCUGAGACUAGUGGACUAGAUUAUGAUAUACAUGUCAAAGAAGGUGCAAGAGUUAUGCUAACAAGCAAUAUAGAUAUUGCAGACAGACUCAUUAAUGGCCAAAUAGGUACUAUCAUUAAGAUCCAAGUUAAUCAAAACACACAAAAACCUAAUGUCAUUUAUAUUAAAUUUGAUGAUGAUCAUGCUGGCAAAAAUGUGAUCGCUAAAUCUACAAACCAAUUUGUUAAAGAAAACAAUGUUGUUCCCAUGGAGCCAAUUCUUGCUAAAAUUAAAAUAAGGCSUGGAAAACCAUCUUCACCAGAAAUUCAAAGGCUCCAAUUUCCAGUUACAUUAGCCUAUGCAGUUACUAUACAUAAAAUUCAGGGUCUCAGUUUAGACAAGGUUGUAAUUAGCUUCGAGCUUAUAAGACAAAGGUCAUUUAACUACRGACAAGUAUAUGUUGCUUUAAGUCGAUCAGGUUCCAUGAAUGGUUUGUACACUUUAGGGAAAAUAGAAAAUAAACAUUUUAAAGCAGACCCAAGAGUACAUAAGGAAUAUCAGAGAUUAAGAGACACAUCACCACUUGAAGCUUCCCCAGAAAACACUCAAAAGUUAACUAUUUGUGUUCUAAAUGUCAGGUCCUUUACAAAAGCACAGCAUUGA